AUGGCGUCAUUUUCACAGGAGAAGAAGAACGACAAGAGUAUCGAACCCGAGAUUGCGGGUGCGACACUCGAAAUUGGGCAGUCAGCUGAUCCAAUAUGGAAAGACAAGCUGUCAUAUCUGAAGCGGUAUGUCACGAGUAAAGAAGGUUGGGUCGGGGACUAUGACUACCUUUACCUCAUUACGCCCAACAUAUGGCCACUGAAUAAGAAGUAUAAAGGCUACAAAGCGCCGUUCUAUGGCCUGAACGAUGAGGUGCCCAUACUUCUGACCGUUGUCCUCGGGCUGCAGCACGCACUGUGUAUGAUCGGCUCUAUCGUCUCCCCGCCCCUGGCCAUUGCCGGCGGUGCUUUUUACUUUGAUUCCGCAAUGACACAGUACCUGGUCUCAGCUGCGUUCAUCACCACGGGAAUUGCAACAGCCUUGCAGGUGACGCGGGUCCACAUCGCCAAGACGCCCUUUUAUAUCGGCACUGGGCUGCUGUCCGUCGUCGGCCCAACUUUCGACAUAUUGCCUAUUGCUUUCACGUACACUGGUAUGCGCUACGCCAAUGGGACGUGCCCGACCGCGGAGGACGGCACCCAAUUGCCUUGCCCUGAGGCUUGGGGUGCUAUCCUUGGCUCAAUUCUGUGCACCGUCUGGGUGCAGAUUCUUAUGAGCUUUGUGCCCCCGAAAACGCUCAACAAGAUAUUUCCAAAGGUUGUCACGGGAAGUCUUCUGCUGCUUGUCGGUAUUUACUUGGUGGGAAAUGGAAUGAACAACUGGGGCGGCAGCAGUAACUGCCAUGCUGGCACGGGGUUCUACGCUCUCUGUCCGGAUGUGUCGUCUCCCCAACCGUUACCUUGGGGAGAUCCCAAACUCAUUGGGUUAGGCUUUACUGUCUUCGUUGCAAUCAUUUUCGUCGAGCAGUUCGGCUCACCCCUGAUGAAAUCGGCCUCUGUCAUCAUCGGACUCUUUGUCGGUUGUCUUGUGUCUGGACUAACAGGAUACUGGUCAAUGAGUAACAUUUACGCCGCGCCGGCUGUGACAUUUCUCUGGGUCCAUACCUUUCCAUUAUCAGUCGACGGCGCCUUGAUACUACCGCUACUCAUCAUGUUUAUCUGCGAGGCCGUGUCAUGCAUGCCGGACAUACUUGCUACUGCAGAGAUUAGCGAUGUCGACAUUGAGGGCACUGAAUUCAACGCGCGUGUCCAGGGCGGAAUUUUGUGCGACGGUAUGGGCAGCUUGAUCGCCGCUCUUGGCACAGGCCCCCCAAUGGUCAGCCAAGCUGGUAACAACGGAGUCAUCGUCAUAACUGGCUGUGCAUCCCGACGUGCUGGCUGGUGCGCCUCCGUCUUUCUGAUACUGAUGGGGAUUUUCGGCAAGUUUGGGGCCAUCUUCGGUUCCAUGCCUCCGUCUGUAUUGGGCGGCAUGCAGGUCUUCCUAUAUAGCACAAUCGCAGUUGCAGGCCUGAGGGUGUUAGGCUUAGUCCGAUAUACGCGGCGCAACCGUUUCAUUCUUACCGUUGCGCUAGGCAUCGGCUUCGUGGACAUCACGCAGCCAGACUGGUGGGACAGCAUUUUGACAUACUCGGGCUCUAACGUUGCCCUCUCUGGGUUUGAGCAGGGUCUUAAUCUUAUAGUACAAACACCAUUCAUUAUCGCGGCAGUGCUAGGUGUUUUCCUCAACCUGGCCUUACCAGACGAUGCUAGUCAGAUGGAUGAUAUGCUGAGAGACCAGACCGGGCAGGCCGUCUUACACAAAGAGGAGUAG